UUUGGUGCAGGGCACUUGCUAUUCUCGUACCUUCCUUUCUUGUGAGAGCUGUGCUCACUUUACUAUCUUUAACAGUUGAUCUGGUAAACAUCUUUACGCAAUCGCAAUCAUGAAGAUCGCAUACUCUCUCCUCACUCUGCUGUCCGCGUCGAUGGUGGCAGCAGCGCCGCACCCUUAUGUCGUCACGGAUGCAGUAGCCGCUGCUGGAUCUCAGAAUGAUGGCAUUCCCGUCCCUGAUCUCGACAAACGACAGCACGUCUCCGUCUAUGGCCUCCGUAAGCGAACUAUCGAGCUUCGUGACGCUCUCUUAGCUGCCCGUGGAGGCCAGCGUGAGAACGAGAUCCUUGACACCAACGGCCUGCAAGAACAGGCGGCUGCAGCAGGCGAGGACGCCGCCGCACUUUCUCCUUCAGCAGCGGGCAAUACCGCCGACGCCACCGCUGGCCAGGAGUCUCAACUUCUUGGAGACCAGGACGCCGACCGCGCAGCUCAGGAGCAGCAGAACGCCGCCCAAGAGCAGCAGAAAGCUCAGCAGGAGAUCGACCAAGUACAGCAAGCUGUCGACCAGACGAAGCAGGGCCAGCAAGCUGCUGCUGGCAACGCAACGCAGCUCGUAGGCGGCGGUGCAGCUGCAGGCAAUGGCACGAUGGCCGGUCAAGGCAAAGGAAAGGGCAAGAAGGGAAAGGCGGGCAAAGGCAAGGGCAAGGGCAAGGGCAAGGGCAAAGGCAAGGGCAAGGGCAAGGGCAAGGGCAAGGGCAAGGGCAAAGGUCAGGGCCAAGCCCAAGCUAAUGGCGCUGCUAGUAAUGGCACAGCGGCCUGCAACCAACAGCAAGCCAAGGGUAAGGGCCAGGGCAAAGGCAAGGGCCAGAACCAAGCUCAAAACCAAGACCAGGCUGCAACAGUAACACUCGGUAACGGCGCUGCUAGCAAUGGCACUGCGGCGGCCUGCAACCAACAGCAAGCCAAAGGAAAGGCCACCGGCAACGCCAACGGCAACGGCAACGGCAAGGGCAAGGGCAAGGGCAAGGGCAACGCCAACGGCAACGGCAACGCCAACGCCAACGGCAACGCCAACGGCAAGGGCAAGGGCAACGGCAACGCCAACGGCAACGGCAACGCCAACGCCAACGGCAACGGCAACGCCAACGCCAACGGCAACGGCAACGGCAACGGCAAUGGCAACGGCAAGGGCAAAGGUCAGGGCCAAAAUCAAGCUGCAGCAGGAGCAAUUGGCAACAACGCUGCUAGCAAUGGCACAGCGGCCGGCAACCAGCAGCAAGCCAAAGGAAAUGGCAAGGGCAAGGGGCAGAACCAAGCCGGUGCCCAGGACCAGCAGCAAGCUGCCGGUGGCAUCGAUCCUGGUAACGUCUUGAGCAGCCUUCUUGGUGGCGGAGCGGAAGCGGAUGCUAUUGCCUAAGCUACUGCCGGUCCUGGUGCUGACUCUAGUGCCAAUUCUGGUGUCAGAGGGACGCAUGAGGUAGUGGUCUCUCUGACUUGGUUCCUCCACCUCGUGGCGGCGGUGCUGCAGGCGGCCAGGGGGAUGGUCAAGGCUAAGCUCAGGCCCGUAGGGCUGACCUCACCAGCCUUCUCGGGGGUUUCACUGGCUAGACAUGGCAAGAUAUCUGCCUAAGUGUACGACGGGAUGAUGAGGAAGCUCACAGAUUGAUUCAGGAAUCGACGUGACAAGGAAGCAAUGCAAACAAUACAUAGUGGAACUUAGGAAUCGAUUGUAAUAUCAAUUGCAUAUCUAAUAUCUCUAUGAAAGACCGCAUAUUCUGCCACCGGAUAUCAUUAGUCUAAGCAAACAUCCGUUAAAACGCCUAAAUC